AUGAGAGUUACAAAUGUCAGUGCCUAUUCUGUUCCUUCUGGUCUUCCAUUCAGCGUGGAGCAGUUGAUAGAGAUUGGCUGCCAAUGGGUUAUCCUUGGUCACUCUGAACUUAGACAUGUUACCGGUGAAUAUGAUCAGCUUGUUGGGAAGAAGGCUGCAUAUGCCUUGGGUCAAAAUCUUAAGGUUAUGGCAUGCAUAGGAGAACUAUUGGAAGAAACGGAAGCAUGGAAAACUUUUGACGUCUGUUUUAAGCAGUUGAGCACUUUUGCAGGCCUGUAUGGGUUAUUGGAACCAGAAAAGUUGCUUCUCCUGAGCAAGCUCAGGAAGUUCAUGCCGCUGUGCGUGAUUGGUUAA